AUGAUGUCUUCGAUCUCUUACGAUGCCUCUACGGUGACCUCUGGAACCGUAAAUCCUGCAAAUUCAAAUAAUGUUGUCCCUCUAAAUGUCGCUGCCACGGCCGCUGCUGCCGCUGCAGGUGCCUACAUGCGUGGUGGCAUCACCCAACAAAUCAAUGCUUCUCCCGAUACCACUUUUAUGUACCAAUACGUCUCACCCCCUCUUUCCUCCUCCUCAUCACCUUACGCAACCACCACCCGAGACAGAGUUUCCCAAUCUGCGGUUCCCGCUCCAUCCUUCCUAGAUUAUGCCGUUGCUACUGGGCAUCUGCCUUAUUAUUGUCCUCAAUACCUUCAAUAUCCCUUACCCGAGGCCUACCAGCAACAAGCGUUGGAUCCAAGUGGUACCUAUCAACUUUCACCUUCAACUAUUCCACUGGUUACACAGGAUGCCUCCAUUCCACAAUUAGGCCCCACCAUCUCUACCACCAGCAGUAGAUCCACCCCAGCCGCCGCUACCGCCGCCGCUGUGGCCGCCGUUUCCACAACAUCGACAACCAGCAACAACAUCCCGAAGCGUCGGUUGUCGUCACCGCUAGUUCAGGAGAAACGUCAUCAACAACAGCCAGUCCAGAUUCAACAAGCUGGUGUGGAAGUGGCACCAACUGCUGCAUCAGCACCACCGAUUUACGGGAUAGCCGAGUCGUUUCCACAAGGUCGCUGCCUGGACACUGAUAGUAGCACGAAUGGCAACUUCUAUAAUGCCUUUCUCACAGCAGAUCAACGCCACCACCAGCAACAACAACAAUACUACGCCGCCGCAGCUGCUGCAGCAGCGGCUGCCGCUGCCUCCUGUUAUCCCUUAGAUCUUCAAAUCUACACCACUCCACAAAUCGCUCCAGAUCCCUACUGGACACCUCGCCAUCCUCUCGCCUGGUACUCAAGGAGUCAUCCUACCCCACCACCACAAACAGUCCAACCCCGGGAAGAUCAACAGUCGGCGGCAGCUUUGCAGGACUGCUAUUACUCGGAUCUAGCUGCGGCCGUUCAUAACAUGUGUCUUUGUGGCCCUGCAAGCAGUAGCACCGGUGGUGGUGGCGGUGGUGGAAGUGGAAGUGGUGUCCCAAGUGAACGCGGGGCCUAUUCACCCAUUCAGUAUGCUGGCUGGGGCUAUCCUACGGCGUCUCCUCCAUCACAGGCGUCUUCAUCGCCCUUUCCGACGCUCUAUGGAACUCUGGGAACCACGGCAACGCAACAGCAACAACAACAUCAACAAAGUCGACACGGGCAUCAUCAACACCAUCACCACCCAGCUUCGAAUCCCGUCGCUGCAGCAGCCGCUGCAGCUGCUGCUGCCGCCGCAGCCUCUAGAUUGCAUCAAACAGAGUUUGACCCAGAGGAACUAGCUCGUCUCUGUCCUGGGAUCAAUCCACCAGAACUGGAUCCAAGUCUGGUGUGUCGGACUCGCUACUUCGUUAUCAAGUCGAAUUCCACUAGGCACGUGAUGCUCUCAAUCCAACACGGAGUGUGGUGUUCCACACUCGCUGGCAAUGAGUGUCUCAACAGGGCCUACCUUUCUAUGCAUCAGAGUCCAAACGCUCCUUCAUCGUCUUCAUCAACAUCUACCUCACAGUUUGUGGAAGUCGAGUUGAAUUUUGGCGGUGAAGGAGGCAACCCCGAAUCGCAUCCACCAGGUUCGAGCGAUGCCCCACGCAACGAGGGUAUCAAACGUGCGGAGGACCGCACAGAGCACUAUGAUGAGUGGCUUACCAAUAGGCUGAGGGAUGCCUAG